GACGUCACUUCCGGAGUUGAGCUUUGCCUUCUACUUUUUUGUUGGGACUAGUGAGGAAAUUACCUCGCAGUGGUAACGAGGAAUUCAGAAGAAAAAGAAAUAACAACGCACUUACAGACCAUGGAGACGAACGAGGCUGCUGUUUAGUCGUCUGCAAUGCACGUGUUUUCACCGUGAAGUCAAGCGAGCACGUCUUUGUGUGGCACUGUAACCCCCUCCCUCUCUUUCCACUAUGCUGAGUUUCCUGCGCAGGACGCUGGGGCGACGCUCCAUCCGGAAACAUGCAGAAAAAACCCGGUUAAGGGAGGCCCAACGAGCCACAACACACAUCCCUGCUGCUGGGGAUGCAAAGUCCAUCAUCACCUGCCGUGUCUCCUUACUGGAUGGGGCGGAUGUCAGUGUAGACCUGCCGAAAAAAGCCAAAGGUGAGGAGCUCUUUGAGCAGAUCAUGUACCAUUUGGACAUUGUAGAGAAAGAUUACUUUGGACUGCGCUUCAUGGACUCAGCACAAGUGCCGCAUUGGCUUGACGUUACAAAAAGUAUCAAAAAACAAGUGAAAAUCGGCCCUCCAUACUGCCUUCACUUGAGAGUGAAGUUCUACUCUUCAGAACCCAACAAUCUACACGAGGAGCUCACCAGAUACCUAUUUGUUUUACAGUUAAAGCAAGACAUCCUCAGUGGCAAGCUAGAAUGUCCGUUUGACACAGUCGUGGAGUUGGCUUCCUUCUCGCUACAGGCUGAGCUUGGUGACUGCGACCCAUUAGACCAUAAUCUGGAUCUGGUGUCAGAAUUUCGCUUCAUCCCCAACCAAACAGAAGAUAUGGAGCUGGCUAUAUACAACACAUGGAAGGACUGCAGAGGUCAGACGCCGGCUCAAGCUGAGAUUAAUUUCCUGAACAAAGCCAAGUGGCUAGAAAUGUAUGGGGUGGACAUGCAUAUGGUCAAGGCCAGAGAUGGUAAUGAGUACAGUCUGGGUUUGACACCAACUGGGGUUCUGGUAUUUGAAGGACAAACCAAGAUUGGGCUCUUUUUCUGGCCCAAAAUCACUCGUCUAGAUUUCAAAAAGAGCAAACUGACUCUUGUGGUAGUGGAGGAUGAUGACCAGGGAAAAGAGCAGGAGCACACCUUUGUCUUCAGGAUGGACCAUCCCAAAGCCUGUAAGCAUCUGUGGAAGUGUGCUGUAGAGCACCACGCUUUCUUUAGGCUGCGAGGGCCUGUACAGAAGAACUCUGCACGCUCUGGAUUCAUUCGCAUGGGAUCACGCUUCAGAUACAGUGGAAAGACCGAGUAUCAGACAACCAAGACCAAUAAAGCAAGGCGGUCUGCCACCUUUGAGAGAAGGCCCAGUCGACGCUAUUCAAGGAGAACCAUGCAGAACAGAGGACCAUUCAUUCCACAGGAAGUUCUUUCUUCAGGCAAUGGAGUCAGCUCCAGCAAAGAUAACAAGGUUUCUUCCAGUAGAGGUGCCUGGUCUAGUGUGCCUGUGGUCACCCCAGCAGUUUCCUCUGUCUGUAAACCAGUGGAAAUUGAGGCUCUACCCAGGAGUCCUGGCGGAGAAAAGAGGAGUGUGCCCACUGUGGUUGAUCUGAUGGAGACCUGCAUCGAUGACGUCCUCAGUGCUCCUGUUGCUCCCGCGGUGACUGCUGCAGAGGAGCCUGGACCAAGCAGUGCUUACAGUGCUACCGGUAUCACAGUGGAUGAUCCACUCAGCCUCGCUGAAGCAGCGGCUCGGCUGAAGCAGCUGGAGCUGGAGAUUAUUCCAGUCCUUUCUACUCCGAGAAACAACAUCAAUGUCAACAUGGCCAUGAACAAUCAGGAGGAUGUGUUGAAGAUUACGGAGAAGUGUGGUCUGAGCAGCACAGGUAGUAGUCCUGUUGUGACUCCACUGCGCACCCCAGAGGAUCUGAAGAGUAACAUUCUAAAAGCACAAGCUGAGGCUGCUGCACUCAAGGGACCUUUGGAGGAGCAUGUCAUAAAGGCCGGAGAUAAGAACUGUAACUUGCAGGAAGCCUCUGCCAGCAGUCGUCCUGACACCCAGGACUCGUGGGACCUGCUGAAGCCAGCAGCGUCGCUGCUCUCAUCAGCAGCAGGGGCCAGUGUGGAGAAUUCACCUGAAGAUCUGAACCCCUCUGUUCCCAAGAUGCCUCCAGAGUCUGCCAGUGACAGCAUGGCUCCAAAGAUUAAAUCAGAAGACGUUGACCUGCCACUCACCGCCCCUUUAUCUGACAACCUGAUCGACUUCACUGAUCCAACUCCUGUCCUCCCUCCUGUGCCACAGCCCAAACCUCUCAUCACACCUCGCUGGAUCAUUCCAACAACUUCUGUGAGAGCUCACCUCUUAUCACCUCCUCCUGGCAUCUUUACUAAUGGCCUGCUCGACCCUGACCCCCCCGCUAAGGUCACCCCUCAUCUCCCUGCAGACGGGGGAGCCGCUCUCACCCAAGUUCUCCCCCACCUCGCGCACACACUUAACACCAUCGCCACAAGCACUGUGGGUCACCCGCCAGCCUCGGACGAUGGAGCCAAACCCAGAGGUCUGCUGACCACUGAGCUCUGAUGAAGACACGGGGGAGCUUCCCCACCUCAGUCCAUCACACACUCAUCCACUCACCAGACAGCUGAAGAGGGUGAAGUGAACACUGUGGGCUCAGAGGAGGGCAGGGAGGAAGAGGCAGCUUACAAGCACCACAAUUUUAACUGCACCGCAAACUCAUACAGCAGAUCAAAACACACAAACUUAGUUUAUGAAACACACACACACUUUUAGCUCCAGUAAUAAUAUUUUUUUAAAUUUUUUAUUUUUUUAAUCAUUUAACUCAUGUCUCACUCAGCUGGCUCCGCCUGUGUGUAGAUGAAUGUACAUCUACAUAACACUGUAAUGUACACUACUGCACAAAAUCAUCAACCACUGGUUUCCUUCAAAGACGGUAGGUUGUCUCUUAUUAGUGCUUACUCCCCUCCCCCUGCCCGCUCUCUUGUUUUUAGACACUGGAUCGCUCAGAUGUAUUCACACAUGCUGUAUGUACAUAUGAAGAGCAGCUCACACUCACACACAGAGCUGCUGAAGUACACUGGAUACAGGACUGAGGAGACAGGUCUGUUCAAAUGAAGACACUUGAUUCUAAGAGAUAAACAGCAACUGGAUUCUUAAGCUGAAACACUGUCCCUGUAUUACACUGCGACCCUGUUUGUUCUUUGCUUGUCCGUAUGUUUGAUCCCAGUCAGCAUCUGUUGAAGCCACUGGAUGUGACGACUGGAUUAUCUUCGACACUGGACCUCAAAAGAACAAUAGAGAUGACAACUUUAACUUUUGUUAAUACAUUUUUGUUGAUUUUUUUUUUUUUUUACUGAUUUUAUUUGUCCUCUAUUUUAUAAAUCUGCACAUUUUAUCAAGAAGGAUUUGAGCCCCACUAAUGAAGGUUAGCUACAAUGUCUCUGGAGCCUGUUAGUCCUGUCCUUUGGUAAACCCUUAUCAUGGUUUUUAACAUUAGGUUUGAAAAAAAAAAGUGUUAAAAUGUCAUUAGUUUUUACUCAAAACUGCUGCUUUUUUUUUACCCACAUACAUUUUAAAUAAUUCAAUUUAAAUGCCACAUAUGACGGCCCCUCAGUUGCAGCUGAUAAAUCUUAAUUCAUCGUUAACUAUCUUAUAUUUGACCCUGUUAUAGACAGUGACUGCAAGUAUUAACAUGCUGUAGUUAUUACUCUGCCUUAUGUAAAUGAAUGUAUUGAAAAAUGUCUCAUGUAAGAAUGCUGGAGAUGCCACACUUUAACGACAUUACGCACACUUUGGGAAAAACUAAACAGUUUUUAAUGAAGUUUAUCACUCAGACUCUUACAUAGUAGUGUUAGAGAUCUCGUGCAUUUAAAAAAAGAAAAGAAAGACACUACCGUACAUGUUAAUCACUGCAUUUGUUGUGUUUUCAGUGAUGUGAUGGUGUUGUGUUUAAGGGAAGCUGACUGUUUUACAGCAUAUUUAGCCGUCGAGACAGUUCUUCAUGCUUCCACUCUGUUGUUAUUGCUCAGAAUACUACAUGUUGUCCAAAAGUGUCGUAGCGCACGGUUACACAAUGUAUCGAUAAUGGCAUCACAUGGCUGUAGAUAUGAAGUAGAUGUAUACAGUAUAUAUUUUUUUGGAAAAUUAUUUUGCCAGUAUUGUUACUACUUAUUACGGAGAAUCUUCUGCAUUUUUUUUCUAAUGACAUAAGAAGUAGGAUUCGCGUUACUGAUCACACAAAAGAAGAUUUUGGCGUCUCAAAUACAUUUUUAUAUAAACUCACUUCCUUUUUUUUUCCUGGAAUAUCUUGAUCAUGAUCCAGUAAAGCUUUGCUACAGUAGAAA